AUGUCUGUGAGGUCUUGGGAGUCUGUUCAGCAUACGGCUGUCGACACCUCAACCUUCACUGCAACCCCCCUCCACCUCCGCACUCAACACACGAACCAAGCUCUUCUGUCAAGCAUUUCCACCAAGUACUUCCUCGACAGUUUCACCCAGCAGUUCCUCCUAGGUGCUCAACGCAGCUGCUCCACCCAGAUGCUUCACCCUGAUGCUUCACCCAGCUGCUUUACCCACCUGCUCCACCCAGCUACUCCACCCAGCUGCUCCACCCAACUACUCCACCCAGCUACUCCACCCAGCUACUCCACCCAGCUACUUCACCCAGCUGCUCCACCCAGCUGCUCCACCCAGCUGCUUCACCCAGCUGCUCCACCCAGCUGCUCCACCCAGCUGCUCCACCCAGCUACUCCACCCAGCUGCUUCACUCAGCAGCUCGACCCAGCUACUCCACCCAGCUGCUCCACCCAGCUACUCCACCCAGCUGCUCCAGUAGCUACUCCACCCAGCUGCUCCACCCAGCUGCUCCACCCAGCUGCUUCACCCAGCUGCUUCACCCAGCUGUUCCACCCAGCAGCUACAGCCAGCAAUACCGACCACCGUCUCCAUGUGAUCCAGCAACCCUCAUCAUUUAAAACAUUUCCGUUAUUAAAUCAACUCUGA